AUGCACACUAGCAUGGAAGACAGAGAAAUGGAAACCACACUACGCAAGAUCGGGCAAGGCUUUUGCGGUACUGUCUGGGCUGCAUCGACAGGGCCCGCAUUCAAAAGGGAAGAUGGUGGACCUGCCCGAUCUCUAAGGCACGACUUUGAGAUGCACCAACGAGUGCUCCAGAGCUUUCACAAAUCGACCUUACAGCCUCAAAUUACAAUACCCGCCUGCCAUGAUUUCAUCGACUCAACCGAUCAUGAAUGGUGGUCAGUCAACCAACAAAAGUUCCCACCAGGAUAUACGCCAUGCAAUAUCAUUCUCUCUCAACGCAUUCCACCCUUUCCUGAAACCACAAGACAACUCCUCAUCAGCAACUAUUGCCCACCAAAGAUUGAACAGCAAAUCCUCAUCAGCGAGCCCGACAAAGAUUGUUUAAUUAGGCCAUACCUUGGCCGAAGACGAACACAAAGGUCCCAUACGACGUCGAGAUUCACCGCAUUUUCUCUGCGAAAUUUUCCGUUCCACCUGGAUCAAAUGGAAUCCCUCGGAGUCACAACUGGUGAAAUCAAUCAGUACGCAAUGAUUAUGGCCGAAACUCUUGCGAUGAUGCAUUGGAUCUGUGAAGUUGAUGGAAACGACGUCGAGUUUGUUCUUGCGCCGUCAAGUGAGAACGGCUAUAAGAUGAAGUCCACAAUUUUCGGAGAACAUUCGAUGUGGGUCUUGGACUUUGAUUUAUGCAGGAGGAUGGAAAUGAGCUCAGAAGGGGUGGUCCAAGCUGCUGCAGCAUUUUGGCGGAAUGAUCCCUACUGUCCCCGUCCGGAAAAAGAUCCUUCGCUCUGGAGUGUGUUCCGAGAACAAUACAUUCAUGUCAGUGAAGCUUGCAAGAGUGAGCCAGAAUCAGCGGAAAGACGGAGGAUCUUGUCGAGAUACUUUAUUGAUUUGGUGGAACAGGAGGGAAGACGAAGGAAGGAAAUGGAGGAUCAAUUGUCGAGUUCUGUUUUGUAA